AUGCGCCCGGCUCGGGAAGCACUAAUUUACUUGUGCCUUUUGCCGUCUGCCGUCUAUAGUGGCAGUAAUAGUCGAGUUGUUGCGCUGGAGAAUAGAGUCGAGGAACUCGUGGCACAACUCAAUGCCAUAAGAAACGGGGCCACUCAACAUGCUCCCACAUCCUCUUCUACAGAUGGCUUGACUCCAAGCACAGGGGACUUGACGAUUCCAGAUGAUCCGGAAUUGCUGGACCCCGACUCCGAAGGCUAUCAUGGCCGUGAACCCCCAACGACAUCCGUCCUGGAAGGUCUCCCCGACAUUGUCGACCGCGGCUUUCUCAGCAUCUCAGAAGCAGAGAAUCUAGUCUCCCGAUUCAAAUCCCGCUUCGUGUGGACGUUCCCCUUCGUUGUGCUGGAUCCCUCCCAAACCGUCGCGGAUCUGCGCAAGGAGGAGCCGCUCCUCUUCCUCGCCGUCAUCGCGGCCACCAUCGCCAGCGCGCAUCCCAUCCGGAAACUCCUCGCGGAUGAAAUCAUGCAGCACGUCACGUCGCGCAUCGUGGCGAGCUCAGAGAGGAACUUGGGCCUCGUGCGGGCGCUGCUAGUGCUGUGCGCGUGGUAUCGGUAUCCUGCGCAAAAGGGCAACGUGCAGCUUGUGCUGCUGAUUACGAUGUGUGCGACGAUGGUGCAUGAUUUGGGGCUGCAUCGACUGAAGGCGGAGUUGACGACGGAUCAGCAGAGAGCGCUGUUGGGGACGUAUCUCGUUAGUUCGAGUUUACCGAGGGUGAUGAAUCGCCCGUCUGGCAUGGCAAACAGCAAGAAGAUUGAGGAAUGCUGCAACAACAUGGCUGCAUCGACCGAGUAUCCCUCUGACAGAUACAUCCGGCCAAUUAUCCUCACCCAGUCUUUUAUAAACACCAUCGACGUCAACUUUGGUGAGCUCGGAGAGAUAGCCUACGAAGAAUCUCUAGUUAGAAUCAUGCUAGGGGCCAAGCUGCGGGAAUUCGAGAGUCUGAAAGUCACUCUAGAGAAUGACUUAUCCAAAUGUCCAAACCCACUCACCAGCAUACACAUUUGCAACAUGCACUUCAUCGACAUCGCUAUCCGAAGCAUGUCCCUCGGCGAUGAGCAUGCCUGCUACCAGAAUCGCCACGCUGCUGUUCCAUCCUCCGCCUUUGAAGCGUUCAAGGUGUCCGCGUACAGAUCGUCGCUCCUCUGGCAUCUCAUCCGCUACACCAAAGCCCUCAUCCAGACCUAUAUUGAGAUACCCGACGCCGAACUGCCCCAAAUCACCGUCUUCACCCUCACCCAGAUCUGCGCCUCUCUCGUGAUCUUACCGAGAUCCGUGUCUUUUCUCCUGAAGCUCAUCGUCGCCAAACAAAGUCCUCACCAUGGCGGUCGUACUUGGCCCGUCCGGGGCGAGACGUUGGAUGAGGCGCGGGCAGUUGUCGAAGAAGCGGAUUUCCUUAAUCUUGUGGUGAGACUGUACGAGAGGCUGCGGGUGCUGAUUGUUGGCCUUACGGCGCAGGAGAUGGGAUUGGAUGUUGCUGGGACGUUGUGCUGUCAUAUGAAUGUGCUGGCGAGCUGGUAUGCGCCACGGGUGCAGGCGAUCCUGGGCGUUGAUCUGGUGGACAAGUAUCCGUUGACGUCUAUUACUCCCCAUCCCGAUGCUGUUGUCAACGGUACCAAUACCGCCAACACCGCUAAUAGUGGCAAUAGCACUACUGCUUCGAUUCCACCACUGGUUGAUCAGAGCACAGAAAGGACCGGGGCGACAUAUCUGCAGCAAGGGUAUCCUGGGGCUUAUACGGGCGCCGAGGACGGCCUCAACUUGUUUAGCGAUGAGAUGUGGGCUUCUGUGCUGGACAGCUUUACUAAUUUCGUGUAA